GUGCUUGAGAGAGUCAGUUGGAGCCUUUGGGAGUCACCAUGUCGUACCCCAAUGCUCCCCCACCCUACGAGGACAAGAAUCCCCUCUACCCCCCGCAGCCUGGGGGCCACCCACAGCCCGGUCCCUAUCCUGGGGGCUACCCACAGCCUGCACCCUAUCCUGGGGGCUACCCACAGCCUGCACCCUAUCCUGGGGGCUACCCACAGCCCGGAGGGUAUCCUGGGGGCUACCCCCAGCCAGGAGGAUAUCCCCACCCAGGUGUCCCGGUACCCCCCAUGUCAACACUCCCGGUGAACCUAGGGGACAGCUACGGCAGUGGUGGCUCGGGGGAGGAGGACGGGCUGAGAACAAGCACCAUGGACGACAGGAAAGUGCGACACACCUUCAUCCGCAAGGUCUACACCAUCAUCUCAGUCCAGCUGCUGGUGACCGUGGGCAUCAUCGCCGUGUUCACCUUCGUCUCCCCCGUUCGCAACUUUGUGCGGCGGAACGUUGCUGUGUACUACUGCUCUUACUCGCCUGUCGCCCGCGGGGGGGAGGCGGUGAAGAACGUGUCCACCGGGCCACCUAAUCGCCCCCUUUCCUUUCGUUUGCGGCAGACGCUGGCCAUGGCCUUCAUGACGGGAACCAUUGCCAGCAUGUAUAGCACCCGGGCUGUCCUGAUCACCAUGGUGAUCACUGCUAUAGUGGCCAUAAUUGUCACCGUCUUCUGCUUCCAGACCAAGGUGGAUUUCACGUCGUGUACCGGGCUGUUCUGUGUGCUGGGGAUUGUCGUCAUGGUGACGGGAAUAAUCACCGCCAUCGUCCUCUCCUUCAAAUAUAUUGCGUGGCUCCACAUGCUGUACGCGGCCAUCGGCGCCAUCGUCUUUACCCUGUUCCUCGCUUACAACACCCAGCUGGUGCUAGGGAACAGGAAGAACGCGAUCAGCCCUGAGGAGUACGUCUACGGAGCCCUGGAGAUCUACAUGAACAUCGUCCAGAUCUUCAUCUUCCUACUGCAGAUCGUGGGCCGCAGCUAAAGUCUCCCCGGAGCUCCCGGCUGGAAUUGCCCCGGGCCCAGGAGUGCUCCGGGAACACCUUGCCGCCUUCCUUUCCCUCGUCCUUUCCCGCUCCCCGCCCCGGCGUCUCUCUCCCCGGCCAACGGUCUCUGGUUUCCCUUCUCACCUGGGGAGCCCAGCAUGGCUGCUCAGAGGGGUAGCAGGCGAGACUGGCCCGUCUGCCCUGCAGAAUAACAAGGCUUUGCCCAGAAAUGAAGCCAGUGUCAGUUGAUUUCUGCCUGCCCUGUUAAUUGCUCCGCUGCCCUCUGUGCUCCCAUGUAGCCUCCUGUCUUUCUUCUCUCCGCACGCUGCCCCCGGGGGAUGGGUCUAUGCACCGAGUACAUCCCUGUAGCAUCCUCUCUUGUAGAGGUGUGUUCAUGGCGCUGCUUCCGAUCCCAGAUCCUCUAGGCAUAGCUCCCUGGGAAGUGAGGAAUCCAGGGGCAGGCCCUGCCUGGCUGUGCGUUUCCCUGGGCCCAUGGCUCCGUUCUUUGCCAAUGGGCUCCCUCCAUUUCGGCUGCCUGGCGACAGGCUCCCUCCCCUUCUCUUGCCGCGUGCCUACGGGGAGGAACGUUCCUUCACAGCAUCACAUUCAAAUCCACUCCAAGGAGAGCAGAAAGACGGGGGCUUAGUCCUGGCUCCGCUCUGAACCAAGGUGUGCAGGUUCCCUCCGCCCUGCAGAGCGCCCUCCGGUGGGGAGGAGCAGCGGGGGCUGCAGUCAACGCACUGAGAUGAUUUUAGAGUGGAGGGGGGAUUUGUCGUCUAUCAGUGCUUUUCAAUUCCAGCCGGGUUUUCACCCUCCCCGUGAAUACAGAUCAGCCCAGGCUUCAGGGCGAACACCAAUGCUUUGGGCAGUUACCUGUCUUAAGCUAGCCUUAUGUUAGGUUAAAAAAAACAAACAAAAAGAUCUACUUAGCCACAGGCUGGGGAGGAGAAAUGGCCCACGCUAGUGCUCAGACUUUUGUUGUUUCUAAUUCAAUGUCUUUUAUCCUUGGUAAGCAAAGGGGUUUGUAGCGAACUGCCAGACUGUAUAUUUGACUAGUCCGGAAAGCCAAACGACCUUGAAAUAACACUGACGGGGGGCAGGCGAACGGCACAAGGGGAAUUUGCAAAGAAACGUGCUGUGUAUAUUGCUCGUGCUGUCUAGUAAGAGAUUCGCUUAUUGCAGAAGGAAACAGAAGUGGGGCCGCAGGCAGCAUUGUAAGUCACCCCCCCCCCCAAUUCUAGAGGCUGGAACAGGUGCUUUAAGUGGGGGCAGGAUGGGGCGGAAACGCUGUGUUGGAGCACUCUGGCUCCCCCUGGGCAGUGCUGGUGGAAGGGGGGGGGGGCAGCAGCUGAACCCAGAGCCAGUUCCCAGCUCCUCAUGGGAAGAGCAGGCUCAGAGCUGGGCGGCUGGAUCAGAAUCCCCAGGUGAACGGCCUAAAGGGCAGGGUGUAGGGAGGGUAACUGGGGGUGCAGCCACCGUUAACCCUUUGUGCUCCUUCCACGACGCUAGCGGCUUGGGCCAUCCUUGUUCACUCAGUGCCUUAAAUCCCGAUGUUCCCGGCGGGUGAUGAGGUCAGCACAGCACAUGGGAGGGAGUCGCCCCUUUCACGGGCAGCCCUCGUCACAUCCAGGAAGGGAGAACAGCCUGUUCUGGAAGCCGGCCUUGGAGGCAGAGCUGCUGGUGAGCAGAGCCCAGCUCUGGCCUGGCUGAGGGCGGGGGCGUAGGCCAGCCGGGGUUAGCUUUGCUAUGCAAAGGGCUUUUCGGGUGCGCUGCAGAGGUUAGUGGAUUGGCUCAAUGGCCCCCCUUGAGGACAGACCUAGAGACCCCUUCCUUGGGAGUGCUCCGCAAACCACCAGCCGGGUUCGGAGAGGUCCCCAGCCAUGCAGCAGGGGGGUGAGGAGAUGGCUGUAUAGCGUACGCUGUAUUAUAUUCUAAUGCUGCAGCCAGUGGGAGCAGCGCGGUCGGCUCCCGGCACCAAAGAACACAGACAAGUUGCACUCAAUAAAGCGAAACACUGUGUACUGUUUCAAGCA